UGUGCGUGGCUAAAUAACACUCAGGGAAUGAGAUUUAUGCACCUCCUUUCAGCUGGGACAUCAACAGGAACAAGGGAAUAAUGGCUGGGCCCAAACCCAGAGUGAUUGUUCUUUCCAAGCACGAAGGCCAGAGCUAUGGCUUCUACCUGAGGAUUGAAGAAGGAGAAGAAGGCCAUUUGGUUCGGGCCUUGGAGAUGGGUGGUCCUGCUGAAUUAGCAGGUCUCAAGGAUGGAGAUCGCAUCAUCAGAGUCAAUGGAACCUUUGUGGACAACCUGGAACACAAUCAGGUAGCUGAUCUGGUUAGGAAAAGUGGACUGACUGUAACAUUUCAUGUCCUUGGAGAAGAAAUAUACCAGCAGGCCAAAAGCAGUGGCAUAAACCUUGCAGAGCAACAGGCUUGUUCUUCUCCGAGUCAGCCUAGCAUGAACGGAGUCUGUGCACCCAGCCCCAAACUCAAACUCUGCUUAUUGCAGAAGUCUAGCAGUGGCUUUGGAUUCUCGAUCAAGUCCACUAAAGGCGAAAAUGAAAUGUUUAUGAUGGAUGUGAUUGUGGGAGGCGUUGCUGAUAAAGCAGGGGUUAAGGCAGGUGAUCGUCUGGUGGAGAUCAAUGGAGAAAAUGUAGAAACAGCUACACAUGAUCAAGCAGUGGAAAAAAUCAAAGCUUCUGGGAACAGUGUGAUGUUUUUACUUGUGGAUGAAGAGACAGAUAAAUACUACAAGAAUAAACGCAUCAAACUGGGGCCUGGACUGGCUACAACGAAGCACCUACCACUAAAGCCUCGCAUCAUUGAACUCACCAGAGAAGCCAGUGGUUAUGGUUUCUUUCUAAAGGAGGACCCUAAAACUCCAGGUCAUUUCAUUGGAGAAAUCGACCGUGAGAGUCCUGCAGAAAAGGGGGGACUGAAGGAGAUGGACCUGCUGGUGGCUGUAGAUGAAGAGGAGGUUAAUUGCUGCACCCAUGAGCAAGUGGUAGAGAAAAUACGUCGGCUCGGGAAUCGAUGCUGCCUCCUGGUGGUUGAUGCUGAAACAGACAAGAUAUAUAAAAUGGGUGGUGUGUCCCCUUUGCUUUACUUGGAGGAAAUGAGAAUUUCCAUGCCCCAGCCAAGCAAUCCUGAGCCUGAACAUUAUGUCACCCCAGUAGCAGCCAUGCCCGAACCUGCAGAGGAAAUAUAUAAACCCAAACUUUGCCGCAUGGAAAAGGGUGCUGCUGGGUAUGGCUUUCACCUCAAUGGUAUCCAAGGAGUGUAUGGACAGUAUAUAAAAGAGGUGGUGAAAGGCGGAGCUGCAGACAGAGCCGGCCUAGAGGAUGAUGACAUUGUGGUGGAGGUCAAUGGGGUGAACAUAGAGCAAAGCACGCAUGAGGAAGCUGUAAAUCUGAUCCGCCACAGUGGUGAUACGCUGGUCCUCCUUGUGGCAGGGAGAACUUCCUAUGAUUACCUGAAAGCUAAAGGAAUUGCAAUAACUUCCAAGCUGCUGGAGACAGAGACGACUCCGGUUCAGCCUCGUGAAAGGACACCCUCUGUUUCAUCAUCAUCCUCAUCAGAAGAUGAAGACAUGAGGUUUUAGGAAAAGUGUUUUCCAGAUGCUGGGUUAUAUAUUUAUAUGGAAGCACAUCCAGUUGCACAAAUAAAUUAAAAGCUUUUAAUAUAAGUAGUCAGUAAUUGCACUGCCAAAAAACUAAAUGGAAAGCAGUCAUGUGCUCUCUCCUCCAAGACUAUAGGAGUUAACCAAUCUACAAUGAAUGCUGGCGAUGCAAAAAAAAAGAAGCAGAGGCAGUAAUACUAAAAUAAAUUGCAUCAGAUAGAGAGUCUGAUUUCCUAACCAAAGCUGUGUAUGGAUUUGUUAUAUAUGUGUGAUGUAACACAGACAGAUCUCAUGUGGACAAGGGAUACAAACUGUCUUAGAUCAUGCCAUCGACACGUGUGUUCAUUGUGUAAGAAUCUCGAAUGUUUUUCGCAUUCAAAUGCACGCUCUUUGCACCAUAAUGCAUCUGGAAAUGGCAUGCAUUCUGUACCCUUUAACCUUUUAUUCACCUGUUUAUCUCUACUUCAGUGCAUUUAAAAUGUUCCCCUAGUUAAUAUUUAGAGCCUAGAUAUUCAGAAAUAAGCUAUUUACUGCUUAUAUUGUGUGAAGUAAUAAAAGAUAAACUAACUAGUAAAUAAAAUUUUGCAUAAUCA